ACUUCCUCAUCUUUACGCUCGCAGGACACUUGUCACACAAAAUGCACUCUGCGACAUUUUUAAUCCUGUUCUCCUGGGGAGGACUAUUUGUAGAAUCUCGCCCAUUUGAUGAAUUUCAACUUGAAAGUUUUCAUGAGGCGCAACAAUCGUCCAAAACACCGCGUCAUGCACCUGCUGCUGCGAAUGAUUAUCGUAUCAGUGCAAAUGCCAGGAGUCACAUAAACGAACUACGUGAAAAGGCUGGACUUCCUCCACUUCCAGAAGAUCCCGAGCCGCCUCCUCGAGGUCCACAGAAAGGGCGUGGUUUUAUCGAUUCUCUCCUCGCCGUACCAAUUUACGGUGUAGCCGGAAUUGUUAACGGAGCAGUCGGAUUAUCGACAGCGAUAGUCAGAGGAGCGGUUGGAACAGCGUUAUCUGCUGCUUCAGGAACAGUUGCAAAUGCGUUGGAUGCUGUGACCACAGUUGCGGGAAGUACGUUAGGUUCCGUCGCGGAGACAGUUAACAGCGUCGCUCAUGAUGUGGGAGAUUCCGUCGGCCAAAUUGGUGGAAGCGUUAUCGAGAGUGUGGGGAAAGUCGCUGGUGAAGUGGUCGGCACAGUUGAUGCAGUGGGAUAAUUCUAUUUAAUUGAAGUUUUCAUGCAAAUAAGUUU